AUGGCACCCGGAAUCACACUUGACAACGCAGUGGAAGACUUUGUCUUCACCAAGACAGCUGGUUCCGAGAAGAACCAUGCAACUGUUACAGAAACACUAGACCUCUCCUCUAUCGCGUGGGCUCACUGUCGCGAGAGCUCCAACAAUUUCAUAUCCGAUUUUUACACCAAACCGACCCUUCCUAUGCUAGAAGCCAUUAUCCGUACGACACUCGACGACGGUGACAAUGACGAAGACGCUACAACAAACGACUUGCAAGACUAUGUUGCAGGCCUUUUAGGACACGAGAGUGCUUUGUUAGUCCCGACUGGUACGAUGGGUAACCAAGUAUCCUUACGGACUGCCCUAGGCAAUCCACCGCACUCGAUUCUGUGUGACUAUCGCGGCCACAUAAUGCACUUCGAGGGCGGUGGACCGUCUGGAAUCUGCGGCACGCUCGUCCGAAGCGUAGUACCUGCGAAUGAGCACCAUCUCACGCUUGCAGAUGUUCAGAGAUUUGCCACGCUACGGAAUACCAUGUACGACUGUCCUACGCGCGUAAUUGCACUUGAGAAUCCCAUGGAAGGACGCAUUCUGCCGCUGAGCGACAUCCAGGCCAUCUCGAACUGGGCACGGGAACGGGGAAUCCAUAUGCAUCUGGACGGGGCCCGGCUAUGGGAGGCUGUUGCAGCAGGUGCCGGAUCACUCGAAGAAAUCGGCAAGUGUUUUGAUAGUAUCCAGGUGUGCUUUACCAAGGGUCUUGGCGCACCACUCGGCAGUAUGGUCAUUGGAAAGAAAGACUUCAUUGCUAGAGCCAAAUGGAGCCGAAAACUACUCGGUGGUGGGACCAGGGCAUCGGGUGUUAUUGCAGCGCCGGCACGAGUCGCGAUUGAUGAUGUUCUAUUUGGCGGCAAGAUGAAGGCUGCCCAGGACAAAGCGCAACGGGCAUCCGAAUUAUGGACCGAACUUGGGGGUAAGCUUUUGGAGCGCAGGGAGACAAAUAUGGUAUGGCUGGACUACGAAGGAUCAGGGGUAGACAUGGAAGGUUUCUUUAAGUUAGCAAAGGAGGAAUAUGGGCUGAAGUUGGGUGGUGUGAUCCCAGAGAGACUGGUCUUUCAUUAUCAGAUCUCGGACGAGUCGUUUGAAAAGUUGUGUGCACUGUUCCGGAGGGCUUUGGCAAAAUGA